CCUCUACUACAAAGCGCGUUCACGUUGACAGCAGACGGACGCGCUCACGUCAUUACAGGAAGUCAGCGUCGUUACCAGCAAAGCGACCAAGAAGAAGAAGAGGAGUAAUUGAUAAACUCUACUAAUCCUUCUGCAGUAUUCAGGCUCGUUUACAAAGAGGCCUAAAGAUGUCGUCAGGUGCUUUGUUCCCAAGCUUGGUGAGCGGCUCCAGGGGAAGCUCCAGCAAGUACCUGGUGGAGUUUCGCGCCGGGAAAAUGACCCUGAAGGGGAACGUGGUGACACCGGACAAACGCAAAGGCUCGGUGUACAUCCAGCAGUCAGACGACUCCCUGAUCCACUUCUGCUGGAAGGACAGGACAUCUGGGAAUGUUGAUGAUGACCUGAUCAUCUUCCCCGAUGACUGUGAAUUCAAGAAGGUGAGCCAGUGCACCACCGGACGAGUCUUUGUGCUGAAGUUCAAAGCCGGAUCCAAGAGGCUGUUCUUCUGGAUGCAGGAGCCAAAGUCCGAUAAGGAUGACGAGUUCUGUCGUAAGGUGAACGAGUACCUGAACAACCCUCCCAUCCCCGGAGCCGGAGGGAGCGGGGGGGGCAGCGGACAUGAACUCUCUGCACUGGGAGGAGAGGGAGGCCUGCAAAACCUGCUGGGAAAUAUGAGCCAUAACCAGCUGAUGCAGCUGAUCGGACCGACAGGACUGGGAGGACUGGGAGGUCUGGGAGCUCUAGCAGGACCAGGACUCGCUAACCUGCUGGGCAGCGCGGGGCCGACCACCACCAGCAGCUCCUCCUCCAGCUCUCGCAGCCAGUCAGCGGCUGCUACUCCUUCCUCAGGCGGGGCCUCCAGGCUGAGCUCCACUCAGGCCCCCACCACCCCCGUGACCCCUGCUGCCUCAGCCGCCUCCCCUACUACUGUUGCUCCCUCCACACCAGCCUCAGCUCAGACCCCGCUGGCCCCCGCCUCCGUUGGGAGCCCCGGCUCUCACCAGCCCAUCCAGCUCAGUGACCUUCAGAGCAUCCUCGCCACCAUGAACGUCCCAGCAACCUCAGCUGCUCAGGGAGCCGCAGUGGACCUAGCAAGCGUUUGCACCCCGGAGAUGAUGGCUCCCAUCCUGACCAACGCUGAGGUCCAGAAGAGGCUCCUCCCCUUCCUGCCCAGCGGGGAGAGUCUACCACAGAGCGCCGAGGAGAUCGAGAACACCAUCAGCUCACCUCAGUUUCAACAGUCCAUGAGCAUGUUCAGCAGCGCGCUGGCCUCAGGUCAGCUCGGCCCGCUCAUGAAUCAGUUCGGUCUGCCGGCUGAGGCUGUGGAGGCCGCCAACAAAGGAGAUGUGGAGGCGUUUGCCAAAGCCAUGCAGAGCAGUAAAGGAGACGGGAAGAAAGAGGACGACGAGGACAUGAGUCUGGAUUAGAGCUCACACUGCCUUUCCGUGGUCUUACACUUCUCUGUAUCGAUGCAGCACACUGCGCCUCACUCAGGGUUAGCAGAGCGGCUAACACACGUUUGUUUUUACGAUGACUACCAAGUCUUCAAAGGGACCAUUACUUCGUUCCUUUCUGUUUAACCGUAAGGCUUUUCUUUCUAAUUCACUCUUUAUUAAAAUCAUAUUGGCAAACCAAAACAA